AUGCCAUGUCAUCCUUUGUAUACAAUAUUUUUUUUUGCAACCUCCUUUUCUUCUCUUGUCUAUGUCAAGAAAUCGAACUGGAUCCUUCUGGUAUUUGUUGGCGAUCUAACACGACCUCUUAUUUCAUACAAUGAUGAUGCUACAAGAUUUUAUAAGAAAGAGUAUCGGAGAAGAGCGAUUCUAAGAUCGACGGGUAAAAGAAGUAGAUCCAUGCAGCAAGAUGUGAGCAUGUGUGGUUUAUGCGAAGUAUCAUCCGUUAGGUUAAUACAGUUGAAUAAUAGCACUGAGAAUCAUUCCAGUUGUUUAGGUGAAACAUCAAAGAAUAUAAAAGGAAAACAUAAAUGUAAAAAUGGAAGAGAAUUACUAAUGGUUAUUCCUUCCGUUGCUGAUAGGCUUCCUAAUGUUGCAAAUUGUUACUAUUGUGUUGCUGGAAAGUUUUAUUCAGAAACAAAUCACUUCUGUUGCUCAGAUUGUUCUAUUGUUUUGUCGAAUAAUGAACUACCAGUUGUUAUGCGCAAUCUUUUAUGUUCAGCUUCGGAAGAAGCAAAAAUGUUUAGGACAUAUGUAAGAUCAUACAACAAUCUAUUUUCAUUUACUUCCUUUGGUGUUAAAGUAGACAAAGCUCUUGCUAAGAGAAACAAAGGAAUUUACACAUUCAGGGUACAAGGUCAAGUAUAUCAUUUCAUCAAUGAGAUAAUGCCUCAGAAUAAUAGCUCAAAAAGUCUUCAGUUGUACUUUCACCAUACUGAGCAUGAAAUAAAAAACUCACCUUUCCACUUAUCCAUAUCAUUAAGAGAUGUUCCUGAUUUGGAUAAUUAUAAGAUUAUUCUUAAGACAAUCGCCGAUCAGGAUCAACGAGUAUAUAACAAGCCAGAGGUUUCACAAGUUGCAGCGAUUUGGAUAAAUGGAGAAGAUAAUGGGGAUUAUGUUACUAGAUGUAUUGAGGUGAAAAUGCAUAACAAUGAAUCUAAGAGCGUUCAAUACUACUUUGGUUAUUAUGACCCUUUACAAUACCCUUUGAUGUUCCCAUUUGGAGAGCUUGGUUGGCAUCAAGAAGAUUUGCUGGCCAUGGAAGAAAGUAGUAAGUAUUGGGAAAGAACUCUCAUAACCCAAAUCGAUAAUUUUGUUAAGCUUGAAAGACAAAGAUUGGUUUUUUCUAAAACAAAACAACAUGAGCUCCAACAAGAAUUUCUCCAAGGAGUAGUCGAUGUCAUCGCAAGUGGUGAGACAGACGCUUUAACCAUUGGUAAACGAGUGGUUUUGCCUGCUGAUUUCAUUGGAGGUCCAAGAAAUAUGAAACGGAAGUAUAUGGAUGCCAUGGCACUUGUACAAAAAGUUGAAAAACCUGAUAUCUUUCUAACAACGACUUGUAAUCCUAACUGGCCAGAAAUAAAGGAACACUUAAUGAGCCACGAGGAGACACAUAUAGGCUGGAUUUAA